AUGAAAUUGAGUCUUGAUUCUCAGAUAAUUGACUCUCAACCUUUAACAGUGGCUAUGCUUUCUUCUUUGUUAUUGGCAAUAUCUCUUUUUAAGGUGCAUAAACUUAAUGGUAACUACAUGCUUGGUAUUAGCGUCGAUGGCAUUGGAUAUACUCUCUUGCAAACAAUUGCAUUUGUAAUGUUCUGGAUUGUGAUGAACAAUGAUAAAGGCCUCACUCUAUUUGAAUUUUAUGGUGACAAGGUUGUAUCAUACCUAUUAGCCACUGCGGCAGGUGUAGGAAUUGGUGCAAGCAUAGAUUUCAAAGAUCUUGUUGAUGGAAAAUUUAGUAUGAGCUAUUACAAUGAUGAAUUUGUUUCAGCUGGAAAAUUAAGUACGACCUAUUACAAUAAUGGACUUGUAUCAGCUGGCUCCCUUCUCCUCGCGAUUGUGUGCACUGCUUCAUUGUCAAUCAUGUCUUCCUAUGCACUUCAAAAGAAAGUUUAG